AUGUUAAUUUUUUUGUGUUUACUCUUUAUGUUGAAUCCUUACUUAAAGGUGACGUCACAGAAAUCCACAUUCCUGACAACGUACGUUGGUCUGCAAAAUGAUCACAAUUUGGGCCACACUGGGUACACAUACUACGGAUCAGACCAACAAAUUCCAGAUCUAAAGUUAUCAACAUGUCAGUAUUUAGACUUGAACAUUACUACCUGUGAUUCGAACUACAAAACACUGAAAAACCGAGCAGGCGCGCUGAUAGUCCGAGCAUGGGUUGCAGUGACCCUGAGAAAUAACAUCCUAUCCUUCGUAAGUUACCUAUUGCACCAAUUGAAAGAAAAGUUCAGCGAAGAUGUCGAUACUAGUUUGUUCGUUAUUUAUGAUGAAUUACGGAAGAAUCACAUUCGCACAAUGGAUUUUUUACCGAAACUAAAAGGCAUUUCCAAGCUAGACAAGGGAACCCAAUUGGUAGCGUUAUUCAAGAAUCUGCAAGAGGUGAUGCAGCCGUUUUGCAAAAGUGAACUGGAGUUACUGGCAAGGACAAUGUACAAGAUGAGAACCAACGGCAAUAGGGCCGAUAACAAUAUUUUUGCCUAUAACAAAAAUGGCACGAAGAUAAAGUAUCAUGAGAUAGACAUGUUCACAGAUAUAGGCUACCAAACGAUGCUCCUUUUACAAUCUAAGACAGUUUAUAAGCCUGCUAAGAAAGAUUAUGAAGUCAAUAGUUCAUUUGGCAGGGAAUUUUCUGCACUCUUUCAUCUGAUCAAAAACGGAAAGAUUCUUUUAACUCAACCAGUCUUGGCAGCAUUGACAGCAAAUAUGAAAUUUGUAGACCUUACACCUGUCCAAAUUGAGGAGCUGAGGUUCCUGAUCGACGUACUGAGAGGCAACAAAAUAAAAAAUUGGUCUCCAGAGUUGAUUGGAUCAGCACAUAUGAGGAAUCCGCACAUUUUAAUUGAUAACAUGUUCCGAUCUCUGGCGAAUAACAAUGACGUAGAUCCGCUGGUAAGUGAUAUAGCCGCUGGUUUGCAGGGCAAGUUGCAAAGAACUCACAGAUCCUACAUGACGAAAGUGAUGGAGCCGUUUUUUGGCGAAGAAGAACUUAACAUUACUUUAGUAUUCAAGGUGAUGCGCGAGAAUGUGCAGAAUGAAAGCAGUGUGGAUUUGUUGAAAAAGUUGUUCGAUGACAGGACUAUCAACGUUUUUUACGCUAUGAAAGGCUUCGUAAGAUAUUACUUCAAUACGCCGGUGAAGUUGGUGAUGGGAUUUCUGAGACGGUUGCAAUUGAGGGUGCCAAUUAAUAACGAGAUCAUGGAUUUGAUCAGUGGUAUUAUUAAUGAACUCUCGAAUUCUAGUGCCGCGCAUUCUAAAGAUUGUUCUCGUUGCCAAAAAGACAAUCAAGAUGGUGGUUAUUAUCAACAGGAUGAUGGAAAGAAAGAUAGUUCCCAAAAAAGUGAAGAUAACAAUCGUCCAAAGGAAGAUGAUGGAAAGAAUGAUAGCUCUCAAAAAGAUGAUGAUGGAAAGGAAGAUAGCUCUCAAAAAGAUGAUAAUAGUAAUCAUCCAAAAGAUGAUGGUGAGAAGAAAGAUAGCUCUCAAGAAGGUAAAAAUGAUAGUAAUGAUCCACAGGAUAGUGAAGGAAAGAAAGUUCACCAAAAAAAUCGCACGCAAAAAGAAAGUGAAGAUUCUAGUGACUAUCAAAGCUUUGAUGAUGAAAAAGGAGACGAAACAAAAUUGGAUAACAUAAGCAGGCGGCAAUUAUAUAGAAUUAAAAAUGAGCUGAUCAAACCUAGAUUGCCUAUUAUUAACAAAGUCUGCAAUCGUUACAAUGAAUUGACGACUCCAUCGUUUCGUUUCAAUGUUAUGGGAAAUCUAACCAGCAAUUGCCUGGAACCGGCAAUGCCUCCGAUGAACUGGUUCCUAAAUAUUGAUCAGCCAGCCUAUAAUUUUGUCUUGAAACCUCUGAUAGCCCAGGCCAGUACGUUUUUGAGCGAGUUCAUUGACGAGAAUGAUGAAAUAGGUCAGUUUAUUGAAGAUGUGCUCAUCAACGUAACGCAAGGUGCUUCUAGGAGAGUUAUUUCGCAGGCUGUAAAUUAUUCUGGGUCGGUACGCCAACUGUUGACAGUUUUGUUUAAGAAGAUGAUCAACGUCAACAAAGUACGCGCGAGGAGUUUGAUUUAUUUUGAGGUGAUAAAGAUAUAUUGCAGGUUGAUAAACGACCAUGAUAAUCGAAAUCACGCUUUUGAUGCACUACUGUUCAAAUUGGAUGAUCCCGUACGAAACAACUCGAUUGAUCAGUUCAAAAGUGUUGUGAGUUUUUCUCUGCAGAAGGUGAUUGACGGCUACAAUGUUUCAAGUCAUUCGGCGAUUUUUUGGAACAAUUACACGACAAAUCGGCAACUGAUUAGUGAUUUGUGUCGGGUCUACCUAACGCACAGAGAUGUCGUUGCGAAUGAUCGUUUGUUCAAUGAAGUGGUCUUUAUUUUGCACUCUGUUUAUCAUGUUCCGGUGAGAUUUGCAGACCUGCUGAGUAUUUACACAGCGAAAACGGUAUACGAAAUAAGUAAUUUAAAUUUGGCACAAGAUUUGUUGAUGAAGCCCAACAUGAGCCAGAUGCUGGGCGAUGAUUUUGAUUUGGGCAGGUAUCCCACCAAGGGUGCUAUGCUAAAAGCUGUCUUUAUAAAGCUGAGAAAUCAAGAUAUUGUCAGGAAGAAUGUCACGCUUUUGAUUUCAGUGGAAUCGCAGCUCAGGAAGAUAACUUGCGAUGGUCACUGGAUGGAAUCUUCUGAGGAGAUUCUAGCAGAAGCUGUGACUGAUCAGGUUGAUCUUGACAAGGUUUUUGACUUAGGACUUGAUCAGCAGAAGCUUUCGCCCGUGGUCAAAAAUGCUUUUCUUAACAUGUGGAAUUGGUAUGGCGGGAUUUUCAAUCCGAUAAAUUUUAUAAAGAGGAUGAAUGUCAGUGAGUAUGAUACGAGGUCAGCGUUUAUUCAAGGAUUUUUGAAUAGUAUCACUCAGAUUGUUGCUGAUGACUAUGUGAAAGUUAUUGAGGAUGUUAAGCUCAUGCGAUCGGCUGUUUUGGAAUCUGGAAAUGGCUUAGAUCCAAUUGACGUUUUAUAG